CCGUGACCCCCACCUCCACCCUGUUAGUUUAUUUUGUAAAAAUACCCAGUAUAGGUUGCGUUCCGUUAUUCCAAGAUGGCGCUUGAAGUGGAGUCUGCAGAUGUAAUCCGACUGAUCCAGCAGUUUCUAAAAGAAAACAGUCUGCCAAGAACCCUUGCAACUUUGCAGGAAGAAACUGGAAUCACCUUGAAUACUGUAGAUAGUGUGGAGAGUUUUGUAGGUGAAAUAAACAAUGGCCAUUGGGACACAGUGCUGCAAGCUAUUCAACCUCUUAAGUUACCAGACAAGAAGCUUAUUGACUUGUAUGAACAGAUUGUGCUGGAGUUGAUUGAAUUGCGAGAACUGGGAGCUGCUAGAUCUUUGUUACGUCAAACAGAUCCUAUGAUCAUGUUAAAGCAGCAGCAGCCUGAUCGAUACCUUCAUCUGGAAAACAUGCUGGCUCGUUCAUACUUUGAUCCCAGAGAGGCCUACCCUGAAGGAGGCAGCAAAGAACGCAGGAGAGCAGCCAUUGCACAAGCUUUGUCAGGUGAGGUGUCGGUAGUUCCGCCUUCUCGUUUGCUGGCCCUUUUGAGUCAGGCACUCAAAUGGCAGCAGUACCAGGGCUUGCUGCCUCCAGGAACCACCAUUGAUGUGUUCCGUGGUAAAGCCGCUGUGAAGGAUGAAGAGGAGGAAAAAUAUCCUACACAGAUGAACAGAACAAUCAAGUUUGGUUCCAAAUCUCACCCCGAGUGUGUGAAGUUUUCUCCUGAUGGUCAAUACCUGGUGACGGGAAGUGUUGACGGCUUUAUUGAGGUGUGGAACUUUACGACAGGAAAGAUCAGAAAGGAUUUAAAAUAUCAAGCUCAGGAUAAUUUCAUGAUGAUGGACGACUCAGUUUUAUGUUUGGCUUUUAGUCGUGACAGUGAAAUGUUAGCUUCUGGAGGGCAAGACGGAAAGCUAAAGGUGUGGAAGUUACAAACUGGCCAGUGCUUGCGGCGUUUUGAAAAGGCACAUGCCAAAGGUGUGACCUGUGUAACAUUCUCUCGUGACGCCAGCCAGCUUCUGAGUGGUUCAUUUGACAUGACCAUAAGAAUGCAUGGCCUUAAGUCUGGGAAGACUUUGAAGGAAUUCCGUGGACAUACAUCGUUUGUAAAUGAUGCCAUAUUCACCACAGAUGCACACAACAUCAUCAGUGCGAGUAGUGACGGAACAGUUAAGCUUUGGAAUAUAAAAACGACGGAGUGUCUUCACACGUUUAAGCCAUCAGUAGGAAGCGUUGCGACUGACAUCACGGUGAACUCAGUUCACGUGAUGCCGAGGAAUCCUGAACAGUUUGUGGUGUGCAACAGAACAAGCACUGUACUCGUCAUGAACAUGCAGGGACAGAUUGUGCGCAGCUUCACCAGUGGUAAAAGAGACGGUGGUGACUUUGUGUGUUGUACCCUCUCCCCGAGGGGAGAAUGGGUUUACUGUGUAGGAGAGGACAUGGUCAUGUACUGUUUUAGUACCAUGACAGGAAAACUAGAACAGUCUUUGCAGGUUCAUGACAAGGAUGUGAUAGGCGUCGAACAUCACCCACACAACAAUCUCAUCUCUACGUACAGUGAAGAUGGACAGCUUAAACUCUGGCAGCCAUGAGUAACCUUCACCACAAGCUUUGUGAUCAGUCUGCCUACCUUGAAAGACGCUUAACGGAAAUGCGCCACCUGCUGCGCAAUCAGGAGGAUAGAACACAGUAAAGACAAGUCCGAGUUAUUUUACGUGAUGCGAGGAGUCGAGCUUGUUUCUUAGGUUUUGUAAAUAAAUGGCGUGCAAUUUGUAUUGUAACGCAAAAGCGAAGUUAAUUUUCCAUCACUUUCGGCACAUGGUUAACAGUUUCUUAUCCAUAACAUGUAUGCCCAGAAUCUAUAAACUUGGCUUUUGUGUGUAGAAUUGGCAUUUCGUACGGUAUUUUAAAAACGGACCCACAGAACUCUCGACGCUCUCUGCUACAGACGUUUGACUGUGAACUAUCGGUUCAGUUUUUAUCCCACGCUUUCAAGGAUGUAGAAUGUUGGAAAAGCCUCUGUGUACUAAAGUAGGCAUUGAAGUUUUCUACAAGUCAGUAGCGUAUGUGUUGCUGUAGGUCGAGGAAAAAGGAAUAGAAAAGACUUAAGCGUCUUUGUAUAGAAAAGAAAGGUUCAUCGCAGUUAGUUGUUAAGUUACUGUAAUUUGAAACUUUUGUAUUAUAACAACCCAUAAGUUCCCCCAUUCUUUUUCAGCUUUGCAUUUC